GGCUGCAAUUGCCCAUAAUGACCGACGAGGGGCGCUCGUUUCCCCUCAUUGUUGCUGCUUGCUCUGGAUAGCGCUCGCUAGCGCUAGGAACGGCCCAGAGGAAAAUGGCGGACGGUGUAGAUCACAUCGAUAUCUACGCCGACGUAGAGGAGGAGUUCAAUCAGGAAGCCGAGUACCCCGUUCACGAGCAGAUCGACUUGUAUGAUGACGUCAUAUCCCCCUCCGCCAAUAAUGGUGAUGCUCCAGAGGACCGCGACUAUUUGGACUCGCUGCCAUCGCAGGGUGGCACAGAGGGGGGCAAGGCCGCCCCGCCUAAUGUAGUGUACACAUACUCGGGGAAGAGGAUCGCCCUGUAUAUUGGAAACCUCACUUGGUGGACGACUGAUGAGGACUUAACAGAAGCAAUACGCUCAAUCGGCAUCACGGAUGUGUUGGAAAUCAAGUUCUUUGAAAAUCGGGCUAAUGGCCAGUCCAAAGGCUUUGCUCUGGUGUGCGUGGGCUCCGAUGGAUCAUCCAGAAAACUAAUGGACCUUCUGUCCAAGAGGGAGCUCCACGGUCAGAAUCCUAUUGUCACACCAUGCAACAAACAGUCUCUCAGCCAGUUUGAGAUGCAGUCACGCAAAAGUAACCAGUCAGGCCAGAUGUCAGGCGAAGGUAAAGCUGGUCCCCCCGGCACCGGCCGUAGUGGUUUUCCAAUGGGCAGUCGAGGUAGAGGCAGGUUCCCUGGACCACCUGGCCCCGGAGGAGACCGCUUCCCAGGUUCUGUUGGCCCUGGAGGACCACCACCACACUUCCAUGGCUCAGGGAUGAGACCUGAUCUGAUUAGGCACCAAGAUGGCCACCUGGAUAUGAAUUUCAAUCCCGGGAGCUGGCGUGACAGAGGUGGCAUGCAGGGGCCCCCGCGUCCUCCUCCUGGUCCCCCUGGCCCUCCAGGACCACCUCCAGGCCAGGGCCUCCCGCUUCCCCUCGGUCCUCCAAAUCGAGGCGACAGGCCACCUCCCCCUGUUCUCUUCCCAGGUCAGUUUGGCCAGCCGCCCUUAGGACCUCUACCCCCGGGUCCCCCUCCUCCAGGCUACGGUCCACCACCUGGACCGCCCCCGCCCCAGCAAGGCCCACCACCGCCUGGACCCUUCCCUCCACGCCCACCGGGCCCGAUUGGGCCGCCCUUGGCUUUGGCGCCACCUCCUCACAUGGGAGGUCCUCCACCCGGUGGGCCGCCACCGGCGCCCCAUGUCAAUCCUGCGUUCUUCCCCCCGCCCGGGAGCAACAACAUGCCCCCCAAUGACAGGGGACCCCCAGGACCAAAUGACCCAUACGGACGCCCACCGCCGUAUGAGAGAGGAGACUACGGGCCCGGAGGACGGGACAUGGAUGCGUCACGGACCCCUCUGAGUGAGGCUGAGUUCGAGGAGAUCAUGAACAGAAACAGAGCCAUCUCCUCCAGUGCCAUAUCCAGAGCCGUGUCUGACGCCAGCGCAGCCGACUACGGCAGCGCCAUCGAGACGUUGGUGACGGCCAUCAGUCUGAUCAAGCAGUCCAAAGUAUCCGCCGAUGACCGCUGCAAAGUCCUGAUAAGUUCUCUUCAGGACUGUCUCCACGGCAUUGAGUCCAAAAGCUACGGCUCCGCCUCCAGGCGAGAGCGCUCCAGGGAACGCGAUCACAGUCGCUCCAGGGAAAAGAGCAGGCGCCACAAGUCUCGCAGUCGCGAUCGGCACGAAGACUACUACCGGGAACGUAGCCGGGAGAGGGACCGCCAUCGCGAGAGGGACCGUGACCGAGACCGUGAAAGAGAGCGGGAGAGGGAGUAUCGACACCGCUAAUGGAGUCAGGUUGGUGUAUUUGUAUGUUUUUUUCCUCAGUGUCCUUGUACAGAAAUACACAAUUUUACAAAUCAAUAUUGGACAUAAAAUCUGACUGGAUGAUGAAGAAAGAAGCUUUGACGUUGGUAAGUACCAGGUAAGUGUACUUUUAGACUUGUAUCAACUUUUUGCUUGUGUGAAUUGUCUCACAGGAAAACUUGUCAUACUUCCAUCGUGCAAAAAUACUGUAUCAUUUGAUGAGAGUUUGAACUGUGUUUCUGGUUUGCACCUUGUCCAUAUAUAUAUGAAAACAGAGCAAUAUUUCCUGGUCAUUGUUUUUGGUCUACGGGCAUUUCAAGCUGCUUUUAUUGCAAAAAUCAAUCCAUCAGUAUUGAGGUCAUGUUUACCUCAAAAUAUAGUAUUCAUUUUCAUUUGUCGCACAUUCUUCUGAUUGGUAUAUCAACAUGUUUUUAGCAGCAGGUAAUGCCAGUGACCAAAAAGUCAUUUCUGGAAGAAUAUUGAGGCUGUGCGCAGUAAUGCUUAAGUCUAUUCAAUUUGGUUGUAAUGUUGAACACAUGACACACGUGAUACCUCCUAAAAGUGCUUUUUAUACUACUAAAAUGUACUGUUACUCAAAAUGUCUUUGGGAUUUUUUCCUAAUUUGUGUUUUAGUAAUGUGAUUUUAUGUAUUACAUGUUGCAGUGAUCACACCCCCAAGUUGUAAGUCACUAGGGGUUAUUAGCAGCUAACACGUUUUGUAUUAUUUAUAGCAUAACAUUGUUUUUUGUUUGUAUUCUUCAGACCUCAAUUAUCUGUAAACCUGUUUUGGAGAGUAACAAUACUUCGAAUAAUUAUGCAGUCGACCAGUUGUCAUAUGGUUUUGUGUAUUGAUACCUUUUUUGAAAUAUUGUACCCGUCUACCAAUUGAAAUUGACUAAAGGUUGGAAAAAAUGUGGUGAUUUGAUACAUUCUGCUGUAUAAGCUGAACUGACAGUACAGUACAUCAAGGGUGUCCAAAGUGAGGCACGGGGGCCUUUUGCGGUUCGCGGCACCUUGCAAAACCAACUGAAAUAUUUUUGAAAAAUUAGCAGUAGCUUUACAUAAAUAAAGUCAAAAUAUUGAGAGAGGAAAAAAAGUAGGAAUGUACAGAGUCAGAAAUUUAACAAUAGCGUAAAAUAUGAGGGAAAAUUGCAUACAGUAAUUUUAGUUGAAACAUAGAUAUAUAUAUUUUUUAAAGUUCUGAUAAGAAAACAAAAUGAAUUAAUUUGCAACUUGUGUAUAUUUUUUAAUUAUUUAUUAUUUUUAUAUUAUAAUUUAUUUUAUUAUUAUGUCAUAAUAUGACAAAGAAAAUUUACAAGACAAUUUUACCAGAAAGUCAAAAUAUUAAAGUCACUUUUACAUAAGAAAAAUGUCAUUUUAGUACCAAAGAGAUUAAAUUAAAUUAUAUUUUUGGAAGUUGGAGUAUUGAUGAGAAACAAACCAAAAUUCAUAGAUUUUGGGGAAAGUGAUGUAUUAUGGGAAUGGAGUCAUAAUAUUAUUAUGAUGACCGCUUAAUGGUAUUAUUAUUAUUAUUAUCUAAGAAAAUGUAUUACAAUUAUUCCAGAAUGAAGUUUCAAUAUUUGGAAAAUUUAAAUGUAACUUUUUUUUAAAUCAUAUAGUACAUAUGACUUCUAAUAUAAUAUAUAUAAAAUAUCAUAGUGGCCCUUGCGCCCUUUCAUUAUGCAGUAUAGGAAAAAGUUUGGACACCCCUGCAGUACACCAUGAGUCAGUAUUUAAGACUGGGUUCCAAGACUUGGAGAUGCUUUGUCAUGAAUUCCCUUGGUUAGGUCUCGCUAACUUAUACUGCUAUCACUUUUAGCUCAUAUAAAUACUGUUAUGGAGCAUAUUUUGGCAUUUAUCGCUAAAACACAAAAGAGACGCCUCUCUUCUCAUGUCUAACAUUUACCCAUCUGUAUUUUCCAUGUUGCAUGUGUUACCAAUUCCCUCUGAGUGAAGCUACUUAAAUGUCAUACAAAUGUAAAGUAGUCAAUUGGAAAACAGUGUGCUACGAUGACUAUGACGGUGUUUGAGAAGCUAGCCAUCGGUGUUGUUUAAUCACGAUUUUACCUCCAAUUCCAACAUUCCCAUAUAACAUUAAGCAUAGAAGGCAUGACUUUGUGUCCACUGAGCACCUCUUUAAUGCAUAAUUUUUUUUUUUUAAUUAUGUAGCAUCUUCACAUUCUUACCUCUAGUUAAGGAAUAGGACUUUUUUUUUCUGUCAACAUAAUAUUAAGAACAAGAUCCUCAGUAGACACAAGCUCAUGUAUCUUGGGAGUGUACUUAGGUUCACUCAUUCUAUUUAAAUAUGAAAAAAAACGUGGUUUAAAAUGUUAAUAUACACAAAGGCCAACGAUGUCAACUUUGUGUGUGUGGGCGUGUGUGUGUGUGGCGUCAGAGUGUGAACAUGACAAACUUUUUUUGUGUUUAUGACCGAAUUUGGUGCUGUCCUUGUUUGUAGGGUUUCAAUAGCUUAAUUAUUAUUAUUAUUAUUAUAUGUCCACUUUGAUUGUGUCACCCUGUGUGGUCCCUGUGAAGCAAUCCCCGCCCGAGUAUGUGCUAAAUAAGUAAACGCCACCUCAUGGGUGUUUACUGGAGUUCUCAAUAAUAAAAAAAAAAAAAAAAUAAUGCAGUGCAUUUGCUCUCGCUGAGAAACAAUUGGACGUUCGAAGAAGAAGCUGUUGCCUCACAGGGACUACGAUAAGAACUGUAAGGUCAACAAACCAGUUUGAUGAUAGUGUGGAUGGUGUCACAUCAUUAUUGAGGGUCGGGGGGUUCAAACCUUGGUCGUAAUGUGUUGAACUUGUUUGCUGUUGCACUAAAGGAAGCCCACGUGUAAAUGAUGUCAAUAUAAGCUAUCUAAAGUUGCAUGUAUUAACUAUGUAUUACAAAUCACAUUGGCCUUUUGAUCUGAAAGGGACUUUAGAGGAUUCUGUUUAUUUCUGGUGAAUGUCAUUUGGGUCGUGAUAGAAGCAUAUUUUAGCAAUAUCUUUGAAGUUUGGUUGUGCAGUUGCGUUAACUUGCUUACUUGACACUUUUAAAAAUAUAAUUUGUAACAAAUAAUGAUGCUUUGGUGGUAAUCAUGGCUGUGUGACUGGCAAAGUAUGAGCUGUUGAGCCUUAAUAUGGUUAGUUAUUAGCGGGUGUAUUAUAAUUAGGUCAUGUGAAUAAAGCACACCAUAUUCAACUUCAUGUGUGCUUCAUUCAGAAAAAUGCAUAUUGCAAUGAUUGAAGCAUAGAUUUAAUUUUCCACAAUGUAAAAAAAAAAAAACUGGGGGGGGGGGACACAUUGCAUAGUGUGUAAUAUUUUAAUUGUCAUGAAAAUCUUACAAAUGUUUCAUAUCAUUUGAUGCUGUAUAUAUUGAAGGAGUAGCUUACCUGUUGAAUACUGUGUAUGACGGAUGUCUGUGUACAAGUGUACUUUUUACUUCAUACAAAUAGACAAACAAAAUGUCCACAAAUGCAACACAAACUUUACAAACACAUAUGAUGUUUAGUGGAAUUUUGUGUAACACCAUCAGAAAAAAAUGUGCAUUACAUGCAAAACUAUUGAGUACACAAAAAAAACAACAAAUUUUUAGAUUUAAAAGUCCUCACAUUUUGUGCUGGUGGAUUAAAACCAGAUUGUAGGAAGAGCAUCAAAAGGCCAAAAAAAAUGGGAGCAAGAGACAAAAAAAAUAGUUUGCAUUUUAUUCAAAGCAAGUUGUUCAUCAGCUGAUCAAAAGUUACAAAAAAAGUCACCUUAAAUCACCUUAAAAAGUCCAAAUCUGCCUUUUCAUGUCAUUUUCUGCUAAGCAACCACCCUGCCAUGGUCUCCUAAUUCCUCUUGUAACCUGAGGUAAGAACGCAGUAAGGCAAGGAUUUAACCUUUUAUCCACAAGGGUUAUGGGACACAAAAUGCGGAUAGUGGACCGUGUUGUCAUCCCUCGCCAUUUUGCGGUUCAAACAUCACUCGUCGCUCUCUCGGGAUUUAAAAAAUGGAUGCAUAAUUGCUGUUUCUAGGUUGACUACGACCUAUUAACUAAAAAAUGUUAGACAAGUAUAGUAUUCUACAAUGAGACUUUCUGUGUGGAACUUUGCCUUUCUUCCCCACUCUGUUCCAAAACCUUUUAAAUUUAGAAGAAACAAAUUGGAGGCUAGCGAGUCGUCCAUCUUUUGUCCCUGCAGAAAUCCCUGUAGCAUGCACGCAAAGGUUGAACAAUGCGAUGUAAACAAAGUCCAUUGUUUUACAGAUGUACCUGAUGUACUGACCAUCUUUUAUUAUCACAUACUACAGUAUUAAUUGGCCCUGUACCCUAGAAACCCUAGAGUUUAACCAUGUCCAGUAUCAACCCCCGUAGGUGUCCGCUCAGAGCGCUCUGCUCUGGUAUCGUGCCCGUGAAACAACCAAUCAGAGAACAGCGCAUGUGCGUGAACACACAGCGUUUUGUUUUGCUGCCGUCCGUGCUAUAACCUAUAAAUACCAUGCAAUUGACCUGCAUUACGUUGGAGAUACUACAACAAAGGCGGCACAGCGGUCUAGUGGUUAGCGCGCAGACCUCACGGCUAGGAGACCAGGGUUCAAUUCCACCCUCGGCCAUCUCUGGAGUUUGCAUGUUCUCCCCGUGAGUGGGUUUUCUCCGGGUACUCCGGUUUCCUCCCACAUUCCAAAAACAUGCUAGGUUAAUUGGUGACUCCAAAUUGUCCAUAGGUAUGAAUGUGAGUGUGAAUGGUUGUUUGUCUAUAUGUGCCCUGUGAUUGGCUGGCGACCAGUCCAGGGUGUACCCCGCCUCUCGCCCGAAGACAGCUGGGAUAGGCUCCAGCACCCCCCCGCGACCCUUGUGAGGAAAAAGCGGUAGAAAAUGAAUGAAUGAAUACUACAACAAACUUUCUUAUCACUUACAAUGUCUACUUAUAUGAGCUACUAGGAGUGUAAAGGUGACUAUAGGGGUGUUACUUCUUGUCUACAGGGCUCUAAUGGUAAAAUAAUAAUAUUUAGAAGACAGUAAAACAGAGUUUCUAUGCUCAAGCUAUGAAAAGGACGUCAUGCAUCGGGGUAGACACACACUUCAUGUAUACGAAGACUCCGAAAGGAGGUGUCCGAAAACAAAGACUGAACACCUUUGCGUCCAAACCGAGUGGCGCUGCUGCCAUCGGGCGAUCAUGGCAGCGUGACAGAAAAUGACACCAAAGACUGCUUUAGUGCAGCUAAAUGAACAACCUGUCUAUGAGUUGAAAUGCACUUUUCCCAUACGUUGACGUUUUGAUGCUCUUGUAGUGUAUGGUUCCAGUACAUUAGUACACAAUGUGAAUACUCAGCCAGGAAAUCUGUUGUUGCGUCCAUUGCUGGGACUGGGCGGAGCAUAAACUCAUUGUACUAUUUGUAAGUAGUCCAUGUAAAGUCAUUGUGAGGUGCGCCCCGCGCCGGUGUGGUCUUUGUGUGUGCGCAUCACACUGUCAGUUGUGUAGUGGUCGUAUAGCCGUGUGGUGAGGGGGGAGAGAGAGAGAAUGUUGACUGUUGCGCUGCCUCGAGACCAAACUCCAUCCUCCGUUUUGACACCUUUCAGCUCACCAACCUCUAUACACCAUUGGAUGGAAGGACAAAAGGAGGAGGGACAUCUGCGCCCCCCCACACGCAACCCCCCCUACCACCACCACCACCAACAACAACAACACAACCCGCAUGACUGGACACAAACCACACGGACAGCAACUCUUCUUCCAUCAUCCCUCCAUCUCUCCUUCCCCUUCUCUCUUGUCUGUUCAUCUAGUGUGCAGAGUGGAUGGAGGAGCCCCACCCCUUCCCUCUCUCCCUCCACCAUAUGUAAGGCUGCUCAUGGUAACUAAAGAUGAAUCCAAAAUCUUUCCAUUCUUAUUUUUAUGCUGUUUUAUUUCAUGUGAUGUGUGAUUAUUUUCUCUCUCUCUCUCUCUCGCUUGUCUGGCAACAACAAUAAAACUGGCCCACCAUUCCUUGUGAUAGAAGACACAAACAUUACAUUCUUUUCUCUCUUUUUUUUUUUUUUUUUUGCUUCUGUACUGUGUACACUCAGUUUAGAGAGCAGUUUUUAUAUAGGGUACAUGUUUGCUGUUUUCUCAACCACUCCCCCCUUCCCCUCCCCAGCCCCUCAACUCAUUCAUUCUCAUGCUUAGUAUGUUUCUAAAUGUGUCUGCUUUUGAUUAAAAUAGAUGGUGUUGUAAUAAAACAUGUUUACUGAGGUACAUUUUUUGCAACUGCCUCAUUUAUAUGAAAGCGUUUUUUUUUUUUUUUACUUGAUGCUUUAUGCGGAUGCCUUUAUUUACGCCAGGUAAGACAAAAAGUAUCGAAUGUACUAUUGUGAAAUAACAAAUUUGUAUUUGCUUCUUAUUUG